AUGACUGGAGCAUUGGACAGAUGGCCUGCGUGGCCGGAGUUUACCAUUGGAAAGGGUGAAUCAGAGGAAGAUCUGGUGAAGAUCAAGGCUGCGAUUCUUGCGCAUUAUGGUGCCGAAAAUCUACAGAAGAGUUGGAUCAAAGUGUGUCAGAAACUCGAGGAGGUCACCCAAGAAAUUAAAGACAGAGGAUCGCAGAUAACCCCAGCGAUAAAUUUCAAGGACUUAGACUCCUUGAGUCACGAGCAGAAACAAAAUCUCAAGGAUAUUGGCUGUUUUGUGAUCAAAGAAGUCAUUGACAGGGAAAAGGCGGAGGAACGGUUCAAAGACUUGAAGUACACCUCAGAUAAUCAAAGCAACGUAUCAGGCUGGCCAGCGGAAUCUCCUUCAAUCUUGAAUCUUUUUUAUACUCCUACGCAAGUGGCUGCGCGGUCCCACCCAAACAUGCUUAAGGUGACUCAGGAGCUCAUCAACUUGUGGCAUGAUGACACAUCCAAUGAACCACUGGAGCCCUUGAGCUAUACUGAUGCUGUUAGGAACUUAAACAUGUAUGAUCUGUCUGUUCGAAAGGAUGCAGAGACCCGACUGUUCCCUGGUACUGCUCACUGCGGCACCUUCUGGGCAUUUCAAGGAUGGACUUCUAUCACCACUACUAGUCCGGGGGAAGGGUCCAUUCUAUUGUACCCUAAUGUCAAAUGGUCCAUUGCAUAUGUCCUACUUCGUCCAUUCUUCAAAGCACCUGAAGACCCCAAGGACAUUAUGGAUCCUACCAAAUGGACUCUCGACCCUGAUAUGCCGUGGUUUCCGGGAACCUUUCGAGCCAAUUCCCAGAUGCUUUCGUUAGAGUGGCAUCCACAUUUGAAACUUCGUGAUUUUCCACCUAUUGCGCCUGGAGCUACUGUUUGGUGGCACGCGGAUAUGUGUCACGUCGUGGACACAGAGCACAAAGGUCAAGGAGACUCUUCGGUGCUAUGCAUUGCGGCCACUCCUUCUACCAAAAGCAACAACGAAUAUGUUGAGAGACAGCUCAAGGAGCUUAUUGGCGGUCGACUUCCCCCUGAUUUCCAAGCUCCAGGCAGAGUUGACUCGAAGGAACCAAGUUUCAUGGGCUACACCGGAGAGGCUGGUAUUCUCUCCACGGAGGGCAGAAAGGCAAUGGGAAUCCGCGUUUAUUUUUUAUAA